AUGGGUGUUGGCUCACACAAACGGUCGCAGGGCGGGGCGGCCUUUACGCAGACGUCUCAUGCCCCGCCGCUGCCUGCGCUUCUUCGCCCGCAGUUUCAGGUAUUCGGCGAGGACAAUCUGAACGCCAUCGACCGACGGCUGAGGCGAGGCGAGGCGGAGCGUGUGGAGGAGAAAAAAAUACAGGAGCGAUGCGCGAGGGUUCGCGAGCGGCGGAAUGCAGAGUUGCAGCGAAAUAUCGAAAUGAUUCAAAAGCGAUCUGCACGACACGCUUCAGCAGCGGGACUCGUUGAGGAGCGUCGUCUGCGGGCCGAGUUUCGCCAGCUGUGCCGUUGGUAG